AUGUCGUUCACGAACCCCUCCGUAUGCCCUAAGAACGCGAGGCUCACCCAGCGUGGGACUCUGUACGACGCGUCUUACGGACGCGUCAUUAAGAAGCACCCCGCGCCAGCUCAGCGGGACUCUACGCGCGCGUACAAUCGCGUCGAUCGUCGAGCUCGCAAGCGCACGCGCAGCCAGGGUGGCGCAUCGCAGACCGACGUCGCGCCUGCUAGGAAGCAGAAGCAGGCUGAGUUCAGUGAGAGAGUGAUUCCGAGGUCUACCUCUGGCGUGAAGCACGCUGUUCUGAAGAGUGAGGACGUCGUCUUCAACCCCAAGCCCAACGGCGACGACACUGCUACCCCGAUCGAGCCUGCUCGUGAAGGAGCCCCUGGGUCCGCUAGCAUGGCGCACCCCAAGGAACUUCCCGUAGAUGCGGAGACUACCAGCGCACUCGUUCCACCCAACGCGUGUUCUGCUGCUGCGAAGCCUGAGGGGCUUGAGACUGGUGCAUCUGGCAGCUCGAACGGAACCUCUCCUCAGGCUCCCGAUGAGCCUCAUAAGUGCCUACUCGCCGAGCCCGCCAGAAAGUACCUCAACUCCCUUCUGCGCAUCAAGCCUACUCCCGGUGACCUCGCGCUCCAGGCGAGGUACGAGGAGAAGGCAAAGCGCCGUGCCCUUGAGAGAAAGCCGUCGACCUACAUCCCCGGCGACAUCAGCAAUCGUGCACAUCUCUGA